UUUUUUAAUAAAUCUAUUUAGUUAGUUACUCCCGAAAAUCGUUUUGAUUUAUUUCGUUUUUCGCUGUAACGCGGUCGUCUGAAAAUCGACGGAACAUCGAAAUUUAAAAAUGUAGAUCUCUGCCUAGCACUUUCGAUAUACACCAUAAGCCUUCGAUGAUAGAAUCGGUGAUUUCGAUGUCAGAAUCGGCGAUUCGAAGCGUCAUCGAAUCUUCCACGUUCAAUUUCGUGGUUUCACUUUCGUUUCUCCAUCUUCUCCAGUCUCCAUCUCCUGCUUUACAUCUCCAACACAACCAAUAUGGCGGCAUCCCACGGCAUGGAUUUCGACCCAGUCAUGGAGGCUGAGGUACCUGAGCCUAGUACUGCUGCUGCAGCAGCUGCAACACAUUCCACAGCCCCUCCAUCACCAAAAAAAAAAGCUUCCAGGAGGGCUGCAUCCAGCAGGAAGCGUAACAUUACCUGGACUCAUAUUGAGUGUCAGGUACUUGUGAAUGAAACGCUUCCUUGCUGGAUGCAGCUGUGUGGCCCCCGCUCCAGGGAGACUAGUCCGCAAUGGAAAUUGCAGAAGUGGGAGGAGAUCUCCAAAAAGGUAGAGGAGAUGUAUCACCAUCGGCGUGACCCGGCUGCCUGUCGUAAAAAAUUCAGCGACAUAAAACGAUCUAUUGUGCGCAAACGCAGACAGCCGGGGCGUGGAGGAAAACGGGUGUCUCUCCUGCCCCAUGAGGCAGACCUUUUAUCGGGGAUAGGGGAGGAUGAGAUCACCCAGCUCCAGGCUCAUCAAGAUCGUAUCAAGGCCCAGCGCCGCCAGAAGCGGAGGGCGGAGGAGCUGGAGUCCUCCUCUUCAUCACCAAGAAGUGCCAUCCAGUCAGAGGGGGAGACGCAGGAGGAGGAGGCUGAGGCGGCAACGCCCACAUAUCGUAUCAAGGCCCAGCGCCGCCAGAAGCGGAGGGCGGAGGAGCUGGAGUCCUCCUCUUCAUCACCAAGAAGUGCCAUCCAGUCAGAGGGGGAGACGCAGGAGGAGGAGGCUGAGGCGGCAACGACCACAUCUACUGAGGCUGAGCAGGAGGUGGAAGAGAUCUGCCCUGGAGAAGCUGCUGGCAGUGCUGGGGAUGCUCAAGAUGGUGUCCAACAGCCAGGCGCGUCAGGUCCAGGGAAUCAAGAUGAAUUAAUCAUUCUUGAUUUACAUGCAGUGGACGAAGACCUGGACGCGUCUGGUUUGGCUCACCAUUCUUCCUCCCCAGCAGUUUCUCCAGCGCAUCAUCUCCAUCACCCUUCAGCAGCAUCCCCCAACCAGGACAUACCCAUUGACGCGGGCGCGUCCUCCACAAUGCAGCAGCCUACUCCAGGACACGCGCACUCUCCAGAGCCAUGCAAGCCUCUGCGGCGCAUUGUGAAGUGCCACUGUCAAGAAAGACAGUUAAGGAGGCUGUCUCACUCCUUGGCCCUCCACAAUCGCCAGCAGAUGCGGCAAUAUAUGGCUCUGGAGAGGUACCAACGGGCAACGAGGAGGAUGGUGUGUGAGAAUAUGAGAGCCAUAAACUCCACACUUGAAUGCAUACUGACCAAGUUGGAAGGAAACCAAAGUUUGUAAUUUUUUUAUUUUGUUUUC